UCAACUCUCGCACGUUUGUUUGUUUCUCCUCCUGAGAGAAAAUGGUGGGUACUCCGAGCAACAAGAGAGGUCAUGAUGACAACCUCACUCAAGACCACAGCAACAAAAUCAACACAAACGAUUCGGUGACAGUAGGGAAAGAGAAUGGAGGAGUUACCACUUGUGUUUCGGGAUACGAGCAGUCCCGGGAGCAAAGGAUCAAAGAUAACAAGGAGAAGAUGCAAAAGCUGGGCAUUUUCGAUCUCUCUCUCAAGCUUAAGCCCCGUAUUGUCAAGAAAACAGGCCGAAUUAAUGGUUCAUCUGAGAAGAAAUCUCAGAACCCAUUGCCGGAUUCCGCCCCCGCAAGGCGCUCUUCUAGAUUGGAGACCAUAAAACCUGUUAAUUACGCGGAGAAGCCUACCCAAAAGAAACGAGAGUCCUCAGGUAAUGCUGAAAUUGUUUUGAAAGAAGGGUCCAAGCCAGAAAUAUAUACAGAAGAGCAUGAAAAGCUUUUGGGUCAUAGUAAAACAAGUUGGAAUCUCUUUGUGGAUGGAUAUGGUGAGGAUGGGAAGCGGAUCUAUGAUCCAGUCAAGGGAGAGACAUGCCAUCAGUGCAGACAGAAAACUCUUGGGCAUCAUGCACACUGCAGUAAAUGCACAUUGGUUCAAGGGCAGUUUUGUGGAGAUUGCUUAUACAUGAGAUAUGGUGAGAAUGUCAUAGAAGUCAACCAGAACCCAGAAUGGAUUUGCCCUGUCUGUCGAGGUAUUUGCAACUGCAGUCUUUGCAGAAAGGCAAAAGGAUGGGCGCCAACCGGUGCUCUUUAUAAGAAGGUUGUAAGGCUGGGAUUUAAGUCUGUGGCUCAUUAUCUCAUCCAAACUCUUCGUACUCCAACUGGCGAGUCUGGCGUGAAAUUACUAGGGGCUGAAAGUUUCGAUUCUGAGGGUAAAGGUUCCCAGCUUUCGUUGCAACUCGAGUCUCAUUCAGCUGCAGAUGAGGAUUCUGAUGGAUUUCAGAAGCCUCAAGCAGCAAAGGUUGAUCGUGAAAUGGACGAUGAAAUGGAAGUACCGUGCUUGGACAGCAAGAAUAACGUUGGAUCUGAAGAAGAAAAUAACGAUAAUCCCAGUGGCAAUGAUGAUGUGUUACAACAAAAAGAGGGGGGACAUAGGUCUGAUGAAUGAUCAUAUGCUCGAAGCUGGCUUCCGUCAUCGCUGAACUUCAUGCUUGAAGUUUAAGAGGCCAGAUGACUCAUUUUGUGCGCUUGUGUCGAAAGGGGUCGAUCCUCUAUUUUGUACAGUAUAUAUAAUAGGAAACUUAUGGGUCUGCAAAUUUUGUCAGAGAUACUAGGCAGACUCUUCUUGUAUGGCUUGAGUAUUUUCCUUUUGUCCAAUGAGGACCACCAAACUUUGUGAUCAUAUGUGGAAGGAAAGUUGCAUUUUGAAACCCAUGUGAAAUUACUAAUCUUGUGACAAAAAAAGCCUUCUU